AUGUCGAAUGUAUCGACAUCCACGGCUACAGAUACAGACCCGGAAAAGCAGGAGCAGCAAGACAGACGGGUUCGCUCCCCAGGUGGAACGCCCCAACGGAGUCACUAUGAGGGGGGAGUGAAUGAAGCCGACAGACAUGCGGAUGGCCAAACGGAAAAACAAGACGAGCUGAAAGAAUGGCAGUGUUAUGAUAAACUGGGAUAUUCGUAUCCAUGGUACAAGAAAUGGAGUAUCAUCUCGGUUAUCUUCGCCGUGCAAUUGUCCAUGAACUGGAAUGCCAGUUUCUAUGCCAGCAGCAUUACCCUCUACUCAAAGCACUUUGGAAUAUCCGAGCAAGCUGCUCGUGUCGGACAAAUGGACUUUCUCGUCGCCUAUGCCUUUGGAUGCGAGUUUUGGGCUCCAUUCAGUGAGGAAUUUGGCCGAUGGCCUAUCAUGCAAGCGAGUUUGUUUCUGGUCAAUAUUUGGCAAAUCCCCUGUGCGCUGGCACCCAAUUUUGGCACCAUCGUUGUUUGCCGUCUGUUAGGUGGUGUUUCCUCCGCGGGGGGCUCGGUGACACUGGGCAUAGUGGCCGAUAUGUGGGAGGCGGAGGAUCAGCAAUGGGCUGUCGCCUAUGUUGUGUUGUCUUCGGUGGUAGGGUCUAUCAUCGCACCCAUUGUGGGUGGUUUCGUCGCGACAUUCCUUAGUUGGCGUUGGAACUUCUGGCUGCAACUAAUUCUGGGAGGAUUUGUGCAACUCCUGCACUGGCUUGUUCCAGAGACUCGGUGCAGCAUCCUCGUUACCAGAGAGGCGAAAAAAAGACGUGCGAAAGGCGAGAUGGUUUAUAGUGGCGACGAGCUGAAGAAAAGUCGCUUAUCCUUUCGUUACAUACUCAUGAUCUGGGCUCGUCCAUUCAUCAUGUUCCUUCGUGAGCCGAUUGUCUUGUGCCUUUCACUUUUCAGCGGGUUCAGUGACGCCUUGAUCUUCGUUUUCUUGCAAUCUUACACUCCGGUAUACAAGCAAUGGCAUUUUAGUACCAUCGACACUGGCUUGGCAUUUAUUCCGAUUCUUGUCGGAUAUUUCAUCGCUUAUUUCUCAUUUUUACCCUGGAUCCUCCGUCACAACAACAUUCGCAAAAGGGAUCCAGAUGGUCUACAGCCAGAGGCUCGUCUUUAUUGGUUACUAUGGGUGGCUCCUCUUCUGUCAAUCGGACUAUUCGGGUUUGCGUGGACUAGUCUGGGACCACCGCACGUGCAUUGGAUAGCACCCAUGAUAUUUUCAUGUCUCAUUGCAAUAGCCAAUUUCUCAAUCUACAUGGCUACCGUCGAUUACAUGAUUGCAUCAUAUGGCCCUUACGCUGCAUCUGCAACGGGUGGAAAUGGCUUCGCUCGCGAUUUCCUCGCAGGAGUGGCUGCCAUGUACUCCAUGCCAAUGUAUUCAAACAUGGGUACCACUCAUAAGCUUGAGUGGCCUUCCACCCUCCUUGGAUUCCUGGCCAUUCUAUUCACGAUUCCCAUAUACGUGUUUUACUGGUACGGACCAGCUAUUCGAGCAAAAUGCCCCUUUGCACAGACCUUGGCUUCGGACAGGAAGGAGUCUGGGCGCAGAGUUUCUCAAUGUGGCUCUGGCGAUCCAGACCCAGUGGAACGAUAUUUGUCGGGCGCUAUGGAUGACAUCCGCAGUGAUGUCCGCAGUGAAAGUCGCCCUAGCAGGCGAUAA